UUUUCCAAAGUUUUGGGAAUGUUUUCCAAAGGGAAGCAAAAACGGCGAUUAUGGAUCUUGUAUUUGUACAUAAUCCUUUGAAAUGCGUUUGUAUUUUCUCCUGAAAUAUGAACCAACGAGUAAAAAGCUGUUGUUCGACAGAGACGCAGCUACGGGUAAUGUUUCUCAAGAAAAAGCUGGAAAUGGUUUAAUCGCGGCGGAUUUUUAACAACAUCCAGACACAAUGCAGCCAGUUAGCUAACGGCUCUCCUCGAUGAGAGCGACACAUCAACUUACGAAUGCUUCAGGUACACUUUAUCUCGGCGAGGGUCACGAUAUUGUCAUUUAUCUUAAAUAUCCAAGUGUCAUGUUUGCUGCCACCUCCUUUAUAUUCCCGCUGGUGUCGCGAUGUAACCCGGCGUGAGACGCAGCGAGCCGGUGGGUUGGAGUACAGAGCUGGACAUCAGCUGUGCUAUAACGGUACAUUUCAGGAUAUAUCAUGGUACACAAGCUUACCACCACCUCCUUUGUCGGGGAAACAGGAGAGCCUCUCCAGUAUCCAUGUAAUGCAACAUGAUCCUGGGGGGAGAACAGCAGAGCUGACACUGCUUAGGCUGGAUGGUACAAUGGAAAUCAAAGGGCAAUCAGUGGUGCUUUCUGCAGAGAGCCCCCUCACUUCCUCAGCUCCUGCUGGUCCAUGGGGACACUCCUUGUACUCAUCAUUUACCCACAUGUCAAACAUCUUGCACCUCCAGGCCCGCAGAAGCACACUUACCAGAUACAACCCGGGCCACACUCUGCCUCAGGUUCAGAGUGUGGCACCUCCCUCUGCAUUUGCAGUCAAAUUUCACAAGUGUGCACAGGUGAAGCUCGACACUGAUCCCCCUCAGCUGACAUUUUUCCUGCUGAUUCACAACAUGGGCCCGGUCGGUGGGACCAACCUGUCUCAGGUGGCUAUCCGGGACUCUCUUUCUGGAAUAGUCCCCCUCAAAACUGAAGGCAGGGUGGUAGAAAGAGGCUACCAGACAUUUGCCAUCGAUUCACUCUCUGCUGGCUCUCAGAUUGUUGUCAAUUAUACUGCUCACAUCAGGAGUCAUCAGAGUGAAGUGCUGGACCUUCCAGCUUUUCUCACCUUCUCUAAUGCUUCACAGAAUGAUGUCAGUAUGUUUGGUCCAUUAACAGCUAAUCUGACACUGAGCGUGAAUUCCACUGACAGGAUCUAUCCUAACCACGGUGUCCAUUUUGCUGGAUUUGUUGCUGGGUUCUUUGUCACUUUGGUGCUGCUGUCACUUGGGUUUCUGGCCAUGAACCUGAUAGGCCUCAGAACUAGGUUGAACCUUCUUCAGCAAAGGAGAAAAAGAAGGGAUUCAGACCUGGAGUAUGCAGACUGCAACAUGAGUGAGACAGUUAAAGAUGAGGCAGCAUUUGAAGACAAGAUGGUGGACAUCAUGGUGCUGGAGGAUCCCCAGAACAUGUAUCAGGCUUUGGAGAACCUUGAAAUGUCUACACUGCUGCGUGCCACCAACAACCUGGAGGCCACCCGGAUUCAGAUCUACAAGGACGUGAUAUCCUCCCUGCUGGGCAGCCUGAGGUCCCGGGGCCAGUCCAGCGCCCAGGCCCAGCAGAGGCUUCUCAGUGUGCUCCACGGACAGCUGCAAGGCAUGGAGGGGCGCCUGAAGGAGGAGCGAGGGGCCCGCAUGGCCGCCCUGGCUGGCCAGUGUAACCUGGAGACUAGGGAAGAAAUGGAGGCAGAGCACCGCAGGGAAGCAGCUGAGAAAGCCCAGGCCGAGCUGCUGUGUCAACAUGCAGACCAACAGGAGCUCCUCCAGUGCAGUGUCCUCCUGGAGAAGCUGCACAAACUGAGCCAGAGUCAGCUCCAGCGCAUCCUGUUGGUCCGGCACGAAGAAGCCUCGGCAAAGGUCCAGAGGCAGAUCAUCGAGUGGCGCCGGGUGGAGCUGCACAAGAUCUUCUCAGAGGAGCUGGAGGAGGCCACCAGGAUGGGCGAGCUGGACAAGAGCACAGCCAAGAGCCUUCAGCACGAUUAUUUUACCUGUCAGGAUCAGCUAGAAGAGGUUCUGGAUGUGGUCCUUGCCAAUCAGCGCUAUGUUCUGUCUGAACGCCACGCACAGAGGAAGUUCCUGCUGCACAGCCUCCACAGCCUCAACAGCCUGAUUUCUGACACCUUCUCCAGCGCCUCCAGCAACUUGGACAGCUGGUUCACUCAUAUCAGGAGAGGGAGCACAGUGCCUGCAGAGCAGAUAGACCAGCUGCAGGAGAAGGCCCAGAAAGAGCUGGUGCUGGUAAGGCAGAGACUGGAUGAGGCACUGAGCCAAGAGAGAAGAGCCAUGCGCUGCGGGCUGAUUAAGAAGAGGAGGGAGCUCAUCUCUGAAAUGCUGAGGGUCCACAAACAGAGACAGAAGGAUCUGUCGGGCCUGUCCAGGGGUCUGGAGGGAAGGAUUGAGGUAGCCCAGAACCUGCACUGUUGGCAGAACUUACUGACGGCUCACAGCUUGGAGCUAGCAGAGCUCAUCAACAACCUGGAUGAGGAGGCUACCGCGGACAUCCGCAAGGUGACCAUGCGUGUGAUCCAAGGUGCCAUAGCAGAAGUCAAAGCCAUCCAGCCCUCUGCAACUCAGGCCCUGCUAGCACCGUUACCUCCAGGGACGCAGCGCUCCCUGCUGCAGGCAGAACCAGAGCAAGGAGCAGGACAGGCCCAGGGACAAGGAGCGAGUGCUCUCCUGCAGGGCCAGGAGCGGCUGCACCAGGAAGGCAAGGCAGCCUUACGUACCCUGAGCUGCACCAGGGAAGCCCUGCAGGAAGCCAUGGAGAGAGAGCUGCAGGAGCAGCAGGAGAUCAGGGCACACUGCAGAUCUUUCUUCAGGUGUUUGUGUUCGUCCCAGCUGACGCUAUCUGAGGAUGACAGGCUCAGGAUGAAACUGGAGUUCCAGAAGUGUCUGUCUGUGAUGGACCGCUGCCUGGUGCUUCCCCACUCUGUCUCCAGAACCAAACUCCACACAUCCCUGGCAGCUUGGAGAAAGGACAGCGAGAAACAGAUGAUGAGUACGCAGUCCAAGGGGAAAACCAGCAAGGCCAGACAGAAAACAGACACAUCCGACCUGCUGCUUUUCCAGAAAAGGCUCGAGGACAGGAUCCAGCUGUUUGAGAAGGAGAAGGAAAUGGAAAUGGAGACUAGUGUCAUGAGCAAGCAGGUGUUAGAGGAGAUGCAGAGGGAGAGAGAGGAUGAUCUACGCUCUCAGGCGGACAGUCUGGCGAUUCAGAUGGCUACCAUCCACUACCAGAAGGCUGAGAGGAGGACCAAAGUCCUGGAGACCUCCAGAGCCAUGCUCACCCUGCACAGCCUGCUCAUUCAGCAGCUCAGAGAGAGAAAGAACCUGGAGAAGCAAGACAUGGCCCAGAGUAUACAGAGCCACUGCUUGGGCCUAGAGGAAGCAGAGCAACAGUUUCAGAAGGAUAAGACAGAGUUGGACGGCCUGGAGAUGUCUCGGGCCAGAGUCGAGUCAAAUAAAACACGCGGAGCUGACUCCGAUGAGAGGGAGGAAGACAGUGAAGAAGACAGAGUGUUUCGGCUCCAGCAGGAUUAUAGGAUGACAUCCAUCCUCCAGGAGGCACUCUACAAGUGUGAUCAGGUCACCGCUCUGUCGGUCGAGAGGUUGCAAGAAAUGACUGCCAACAAUCAGGCCAUGGAAGAUUUAAAAGAACAAAUGGAGCUCAAGAGACUUUACGCAAUAUGUGACCAGGAUCUGGAGUUUGCAUCUCGUCUGGUGAAGCAGAGUCAGGUGUCCACUGAGGUUCUCCUGGAGGCCCUGCGUCUCCUCCUGCCCACCCUGCCUGAAAGCGAACUCCUUUCCAUCACUGACGCCCUCUGCCCCAAACAGCACCCAGCUUCAUCGUCGGCCGAGCAGGAACACGUGGGGUGUGCUGUGGGGUCUAAUCGACUUCUUCCUGUCAAACUGAGGGAAGACGUGGUGCACAAAAAUAUGCAAAGUAUGCCGAGCUGCACUGUAGAAAGAGAGAGAGUCCAGGAAAAGAGGCAAAGUCUGAUGGAAAAACUGCUCCCCAGAUCCCGGCUUCUGCCUCCAAGAGAUGUCGAACCACUUCUGGUUGAAGAGAAAGGAAAGGAGGACACUUUCACCAAAGCACAGCAGCCUAUUUAUAACUCAGCCAUGGCUGAAAACACGGUUAACCAGCAGCAGAGUGACUCAGCAGAAGAACAAGUUGAGGACACAGUGAAUGAAACAUUACACAGCUCAGCAGGGAAAUACAUGGCUGCAGCCUCUGCCAGCUCUGCACUGGACAGCUCUGCCACUGGAGAACGGUUGUUUGUGUUUCGGGAUCCACCUGAAACACGUGACAGCGUCGCCGUCCCCAAGAGAAAAGGGAAGAGGAAUUUCCUCAAUCUGAAGAAAGGCGCAGUGGCACCAACCAGCCUAUCCUGAGAUUUACAAAACAUCAUGUUUUGUGAUGAUGGUGUUUAAUGGUGAUACUAAAAUACAAAAUAAACAAAAGUAGUUUUUCAGUGUAUCAGAAAUAGCACAUUUGCUGUAAAAUGUAUGUAGCAUCUGGCUUUGUUUUUAAGUAAA